AUGGAGCUGAAAAUGAACUCAGUCUUCUGGCUCUUUGCUGUUGUGGGUUGCCCUUGGAGUGCUGGUGAAGGUGUUGGACUCGAAUUGGACCAGGCCCUGCUCACCCUAUACAAUUACCUCCCUCAAGAAGGCCAGCUGUUCUAUGUCUCAGCAUGUUGUUACAAGUGCCAAUCCCAAUUGCUGCUCACUGUAGGCCCUGGUUCUCCUGACUCACCCACCAAUGCCAGUACGUCUCUUAGCACCCACUGUGGCCUCACCUUGGAACUCUUUGUGGCUGGAGGAAAUAGCUGCAGCUGGAGUGAGUUCUAUGGAGAUCAUGGUUGGUACUCAGUGUCGGUCCAGCCCUGGCCUCCAGGACAGAAUGAGAGUGGGUUGUUUUGUACUUUCAGAAAGGACCGUGACCCUCAGAAUGGCUAUAUCUCUCUCCUGGUGGCCUUGGCUAUCUUUGUGGCUGUGAUCCUGCUUUAUUUUCUGGGACUACAUGUGUCAAAGCUUCGCUGUACUCAGGACUGCUACCAUCUGUUACGACGCAAAUGUUUCCCUGGGCUGUUUAAUCAUGCAUCAGAGCCUCGCUUUCCUGAGCGUGUUCCACCUGAGGAGCCUAGGAGGAAAAGACUUCUUUCUCUGGACACAUUCAGAGGCUUGUCAUUGACACUCAUGGUUUUUGUUAACUAUGGUGGAGGUGGAUACUGGUUCUUUGAACAUGCUCCAUGGAAUGGCCUUACAGUUGCCGACCUGGUCAUGCCAUGGUUUGUCUUCAUUCUCGGCACUUCAGUGGGUCUUGCAUUUCAUGUUAUGCGGAGGAGAAGAGUGAGGAAUGUGCAGCUCUUCCGUAAGGUAGCCUGGAGAACUGUUGUCCUAAUUGUCAUUGGAGUCCUUUUUCUCAACUAUGGCCCAGCAGAUGGACCUUUGUCCUGGAGAUGGGCAAGGCUCCCAGGGGUCCUUCAGAGGCUCGGCUUCACCUAUUUUGUUGUGGCCCUGAUGCAGAUCACCUUUGAGGUGACAGAUAUUCAGAGGAACCAGGUUGGCAUGUGGUGGGCUCCUCUCCGAGAUGUUGUCCUUUACUGGAAGGAGUGGUUCAUCAUCAUUGGUCUGGAGAUCCUCUGGUUGUGUCUGACAUUCCUGCUGCCUGUUCCUGGCUGUCCCAGAGGCUAUCUGGGCCCUGGAGGGAUAGCAGAUGAUGGAAAAUACUUCAACUGUACAGGUGGAGCAGCAGCAUACAUUGACAAGUGGAUUCUGGGAGAAAAUCAUCUGUAUCGUUUCCCAUCUUGCAAGGAACUCUACAAAACAACACAGCCCUUUGAUCCUGAGGGCAUCUUGGGGACGAUUAACUCCAUCGUAAUGGCUUUCUUUGGGCUUCAGGCUGGAAAGAUUAUCCUAAUGUACCGCACUAAGCCAUGGAGUAUCCUGAAGAGAUUUCUCAUCUGGUCCAUUCUGCUGGGGAUUAUCUCGGCUAUCCUAACACUGGGCACACAGAAUGAAGGAUUUAUUCCAGUCAAUAAAAACCUCUGGUCUCUGUCCUUUGUCACAACCACCAGCUGCUUCUCCUUCAUCCUGCUGGGCCUGCUGUAUUACAUCACUGAUGUGAGGGGAUGGUGGAGUGGCUGUCCUUUUAUUUUCCCAGGAAUGAACUCCAUCUUGAUUUAUGUUGGACACUCUCUCCUGGCUGGCUACUUCCCUUUCAGCUGGGAGAUGAAGUCACCUACUUCUCAUGCUGAGCCCCUGGCCCAGGACUUGCUGGGCACAGCAAUCUGGGUCUUUAUCGGCUUCCUGCUAUUUAGAAAGAAUAUUUUCCUUAAGAUCUGA